AUGCCUUACCUCCCUACCACCCAGGCAUUCCUGGAGCAAUCCGCUCUGCUUCUCGAAGCAUACCCGGAAACUACCCGCAUCACAACAAAAUACAGCUUCCCAACUGAACGCCGCGCCCAGCAACACAAGCGCGAAAAGUCCCUCGCAAAGAAACAAGCAUCUUCCACAACAGAAACCGCUCCCACCGAAUCCACACCAACCGCGCCUAUUGCAUCUCUCACCCUGAAAACCUACAACCCCGCCACAGGCGUAUGCCUGAAGUAUCGCACAAACAAGCUGCAGGAGGUUAGCCGGUUGAUGACUGGCUUGGGCAAGUUGGCCGGAGGAGCGGAUGUGGCUAGUCUGGGGUUAUCGGGACCUGGGGCUGAUGUUGAGAUGGUUGAUGCGCCGGCUGCUGAGGAGGAGGUUGUGCAGACUCAGAGUGGGAAGGUGCCUGCUGGUGGGAAAGGGAAGAAGAAGGGCGGGAAGGGGAAGCGAUAG